AAUAAGCCCGCGGGACCAACGUCACGCUCGGUCAUUAAUAUUCAUUAGACAAGCUCUCGCUGAGUAGGAUGAGUAGGAUCGACGAGUUUGCUCCCGUUAACGGUCGAUUCCGGUCCGGGUAUUUUCAAGGCAUUGCGUCACGUUGAUGAAUUUGAAGAGAUACUACCGAGAGGCGCAUCCGUACGCUUAUGAUAAACAAAUCUGCGGCAGGCACUUGAUUGAAUAUGCGCAAGAAAGACCGGUGACGGUUGGUUUAUAGACGCGGUAUAUUAAAGAAAACACUGAAGUGGAUUACCUCAGCGCGCGUGUGUGUGUGUGUGAGUGUACACGGUUAUACUCAGGUGGGCCAAACGUUUUGCGCAUGGCGUCGGUGGUCUGUGAUAUAAACCCGAUUCGCACGGCUCGGGAUGAUCGGUGAGGCUCAUGCACGCGCUCUUCCGUUCGAUCUCCGCGCCUUCCCGCGGUGUGACAGAGAGACACGGAACCGUCGGUCCUGAGCUCAUGGCGGGUCCCGCAUUCACUGGAGCGCACGGGACCUGGAUCACAUCUCGGUUUCGGGAGGACACGUCAUCUUCUUCAUCGUUAUCAUCGUCAUCGUCCGCAGAGAAACCGCGCAAACGGAGAGCCUUUAACCUGGUCAGACUGCGGCAGCCCGCCGCCCCCGGUAACAACAACACACCGUUUGUGAUCUCCGGUCAUAUCAAGCACAUCUGCAGUAACUGCAGCCGCGGGAAUGACAUCCGGGACGCAGAGGGGGCGGAGCGUCUGGCGGCGAUGCGCUCUGAUUCGCUGGUUCCCGGGACGCACACGCCUCCGAUCCGCAGACGCAGCAAACUGGCCAGUCUGGGACGACUCUUCAAACCGUGGAAAUGGAGAAAGAAGAAGAGCGACACGUUCAAGCAGACGUCCGCAGUGCUGGAGAGGAAGAUGUCGACGCGUCAGAGCAGAGAAGAGCUCAUCAAGAGAGGCGUGCUGAAGGAAGUGUAUGAGAAAGUAGAGGAGGUCAGCGUUGACGGCGGCCGUGUGUGUGUGAGUGAGCUGGACAGACAGACGGUCAUCAGUCCAGUGUCAGAGUCUGCAGACGCCAGCGUCACAGCCACAGUGUCGUUCUCCGAGGUCCAGUCGUGUGGUGAAACCGUGGCGUGUCUCUCGGAUCUCAAGCCAUCUCAAGCCCCGCCCCCUGUGAAGCCCGUGCCGUUGCCUAGCAACAGCGCUGACAUCACUCACAUGAGGCCGUCGUCACUGAGACAGCCUCCUGCCUUACCACCGAAGCCAUACAGCAGAAUACCCAACCAUCUGACAGAGACGCUGGCUCGACUGUCGCCACCCCUCCCUCCAAAGAAAGUGAUGAUAUGUGAGCCGGCGCCCUCGUUUCCCCUCAAAUGCCUGCCGUCCCAGGGCUCACACGCACACACACACACGCUCACACACCUGCACCCGCAUCAGUACGCCACGCUCCCGCUGUCACUGCACCCACCCAGCCGCAUCAUAGAGGAGCUCAAUAAAACCCUCGCAUUCACCAUGCAGAGACUCGAGAGCUCUGUACUGCAGGCCGUGCCAUCUGUCCUGAUGGAGACGGAAGAGGAGAAGGAGAACAGAGAUUCAAUGCACCAAACUCCUGCCAACACACACACACUCAUCACACACACCUUCAGCAUGCAUGAGGAAGAGGACGAGGAAGAUGAGGAUGAUGACGACUCGCUGUUUACAAGUACACUCGCUUUAAGAAUCUUACGGAAAGAUUCCCUGGCGAUCAAACUGAGCAAUCGGCCGUCGAAGAGAGAACUGGAGGAUAAAAACAUCCUACCCAUGAUGAGUGACCAGGAGCGGAUAGAGUCCAGACAACAGAUCGGCACCAAACUCACACGUCGUCUGAGCCAGAGGCCGUCAGCAGAAGAGCUGGAGCAGAGGAACAUCCUCAAACGUACGUCUCACACACUGCACUAUGAGUUUCAUGAGGAAAGCAUGAUGUCUGAGUGUCUGAUUCUCUCUCGUUCAGCGCGGAACGAGCAGGAGGAGCUGGAGGAGAAGCGUGAGCUGAAGAAACGGCUCUCCAGGAAGCUGAGUCAGAGGCCCACCGUGGAGGAGCUCCGAGAGGCCAAGAUCCUCAUCCGCUUCAGUGAUUACGUGGAGGUGGCAGAAGCUCAGGACUACGACCGGCGCGCGGACAAACCCUGGACCAGACUCACUGCUGCUGAUAAGGCCGCCAUACGCAAAGAGCUCAACGAGUUCAAAAGCUCAGAGAUGGAGGUGCACGAGUCCAGUCGACAUCUAACCAGGUUUCACCGGCCCUAGGGUCCAUCAGUGAACUCUGUCUCUGGUUCAGAGGCGUUCUUCUUUAAUGAACACUGAACAGACUUUUGAUCAGGAAUCACACGCAGAUCCUCUGGACUCUUCACCGGCGGCGUGUGGACACGGACGAGCUGACGAUCUGUCUGACGGCGGAUAUUUCUGUAUAUUUGGACAAAAACUCUGAUCUAUUACGUGCUCUUCUUCAUUAAUUUCUCUUGCUGUUGUUAUUUUUUUUCUUUUUCUGGCAAUGGUUUUUAAUGCAGCAGACGAUGUAGUGGAUUUUCUACUUGGAGCUGAGAAAUUAUUCCAGUCCUUUAUGUUUUCAAAAAUGGAGAAGACAAGGGAAAAUACUUUUUCUAACGAGUGCAAACCACGUUAUUACACACUAAAAUGUGUUAAAGGAACGGUUCGUCAAAAAAAACUAACAUUUGCUGAGCAUUUCCUCGCCCUCAGAGCAUCCAAGAUUGGGAUGAGUUUGUUUCUUCGUCAGAUU